CGAAAGUUUUAAGAGAAGUUAUCCCUUUCCAUGACAGGUUCAACUGCAACACAGCUUCCAUUGUCAAAUCUCAGACUUCCUCUUCCUACUUCCUUUUUUAUUUUUAUUUUUUCAAAAUAUACAACUCUAAAACCAUUCUUUACUUUUGUUUCAACUUCGGUUGUUUUUUUUUUUCUAUUUUUCUUUCUCAAAUCUCAAAAGCUUCAGCUGGGUUUUGAAUUGAUGGCCUCUUUGUGAUUCAAAAGCUUUGCUGCGGCUGUUCGGGAUUUGACUCUAAUGGGUUCAAGGUACUGAUUCAUGUUAAAGUUUUGGGAGUUGGUUUCUCAGACGAUCGCCUUAUAGGUUAGGUUGAAAGAGAACUUUGUAUUAGUUUGUUCGGUACUCUUUAUUUGAGUUUGAAAGGAAGCUUAGUUCAAUUUUGAAGCUUAUCCCUUUCCUUUUUUUGGUGUGUUUGACUAUACUUAGCCACAUCCUCUAGGUCCUAACUUAGAUUCUCUUAACCUGAUUCUUGAAAGAAACCACCAUGUAGAAGAAAGGGGCCUCCUAUAUCAUGAGUCAAACAGGGUUGCAGAACAAGUCUCUAGUCCUGUGAGAAGAGAAGUGGUUAACAGGUCAUUGUCUAGCAUGAAGUCUCUUGAAAGUGAUGAAAGUGACCUGGAAGGUGGUAAACUGGAAAAAAGGAGAGAUAAAACAAUACACAGUAACAGGGCAGCUAACAUACGCAAUCAGGCCUUGUUAUCUGGCCUUGCAUAUUGUGUUUCCUCUUGUGGUAUGAUUCUGGUUAACAAGUUUGUGCUUUCUGGAUAUCAAUUUAAUGCUGGAAUAUCUUUGAUGCUGUGCCAGAAUUUUAUUUCAGUGAUUAUUGUGUCUAUGUUGAGUGUUAUGGGGUUAAUAUCAACAGAACCACUAACGUGGAAGCUGAUUAAAGUCUGGUUACCUGUAAAUGUUAUAUUUGUUGGGAUGCUCAUUACAAGCAUGUUUAGUUUGAAAUACAUUAAUGUCGCUAUGGUCACAGUACUAAAGAAUGUUACUAAUGUAAUUACUGCACUUGGUGAGAUGUAUUUGUUCGAGAAGCAUCAUGACAGCAGAGUCUGGGCUGCUUUAUUUCUCAUGAUCAUUUCGGCAAUUUCUGGAGGGAUUACUGAUCUAUCUUUUCAUGCUAUUGGGUACACAUGGCAGAUUAUAAACUGUUUCUUAACUGCAUCAUAUUCUUUAACACUAUGUUGGGUCAUGGAUACUGCCAAGCAAGUAACAAAGUCUGGAAACUUAAAUGAGUUUUCAAUGGUCUUGCUAAAUAACACCCUUUCAUUGCCUCUGGGGAUUCUUCUUGCUUAUAUCUUCAAUGAAGUUGAUUAUCUAUCUAGAACACCACUUUUGAGGUUGCCUAGCUUCUGGUUAGUAAUGACACUAAGUGGAUUUCUUGGUCUAGCAAUCAGCUUCACUUCUAUGUGGUUUCUUCACCAAACUGGUGCCACCACAUACAGCCUGGUGGGGUCUCUAAAUAAAAUCCCUCUAUCUGUUGCCGGCAUUCUUCUUUUCAAGGUUCCUACCAGUUUGGAAAACUCUGCUAGCAUCUUUUUCGGUCUUCUAGCUGGAGUCUUUUUUGCUAGAGCCAAAAUUCAGGAGAAAUUACAGGGACGGUAAUGAUAUUAUUGAAUCUCAACCUUGGUUGAAUAGGCUAGAAGAUUUUUUGAUCUGGCAAUUUGCUUCACUGAACACGACUAUUUGAUGGUGUAGCAUCUAUGUAAUAUUCUGUAAAAUCUGGAGAAUCACACGGCAGUUUUGAUUAAGGAUGAAACUGGAGCAUUUGGGAUGAAUUGCUCAAUUGCAUGGAGCAUCCAGUUUUGUUAUAAUUGAAAGAAAAGGCAUGGCCACCUGUGUAUCGUAUUGGUUCAGUGAUUUUUUCCUGUAACAUUGUUUAGCGCAUGCCUGGAAAUACCACCAGAUGAUGGUGGAAAGUGAUGUUUCAUUAUAAGUGUAAUAGAUUCUCUUGCAGGCUACAGCCUUGACUGCUUCAACCUUUUGCUCCGUUUCAAUUACAAGUUUCCGAGAUGUUCAUUGUUACUGUUUCAA